UCGGGGCUGUCCGGCGGCUGGCUGCCCCUGCGCCCGCCGGAGCGGUUGCCUACCCGAUCCUGGUCAGGCAGCCUGCCGGGCUUAGCUGCCGGGUCGCUGCUGAUGGUCCAGGUUUUAUUUUCCUUCGUGCUCCCUGCGUUUAGAGCCGAUAAUUGCGUCUGCUGUAGCGAGAGGAGAGACUUUGGUAUUUUACAGGAGCUUUUCUGAAGUGUUUUGGGGUUCUUUCUCGGGUCUGUAGAUUACAUGCGGACACUUCACUUUCAGCCAUGCCUGCCCCGGGAGCUUUCUGUCUGCAGUAAUUUUCUCCCUUUGAUCUUGCUGGAUUCUCUUUCGGGCUGUGGAGCUCCGCUCGCACCUACCUGCCUGCUGCAUGUGUGCGAGAGAGAUUGCUUUCUUUUUUUUUUUAAGUAUUUUUUUAUUAUAAAUACCGAUUGUUUUUUGUUUGUUCGUUUGUUUUUUUAAAAAAAGACCAAAACCAAACAUCAUCAGACCCACACAGGGUUUUUUAAGCUGCUGGAAAUAACUUUUGCCUAGGAUUUACAGCAACAUUCCCAUCCAUCCCGGCCCCUGCGGACUCCAGCAGGCACACUGCCUAACAGGUUUGCAGAUCUUUUUUCUUUUUUUUUUUUAAUCACUUUUUCUCUUCAUAGCUGUGUGAUCACUGUAACUUUGGUUUUAACUGAAAAUAGCCUCUGUCUAAAAUCUCCCAGUUAUGAAGACUCCUCAAUACAUUCCAUGUGACCUUCGGGCAGACCAUGGAACUUUAUAUUUUAUUUUGUGGGGCCUUUAGUCGGGAUCUCCUUAAUGUGUGCUUGGAAGUGGUUGUACCAGAACUCAGGCACGCACAGAAAUAGUGCGAGAGAAACCAGAUAUGCUGUAACUUUUUGCUUGAUACCUGUUUGGCUUGGUAUCUAAACUUUUAAAGUGUUUUGCGGCCUUUUUAUUCCCUGGGAACUUGAAACUAUGAAGAGAAGCUCCCUGCUUUAUUAAUUGUCCUGGAGAACUGCACCCAGAGUCAGACUCUGAACAUGGAUUGCUAGGAGGAAAGUAAAGCUGAUCUCCAAACUUGAAUGCAGCACUUCUGGCAUGAGAAGGAUGGCAAGGAUCAACUCGAUUUGGAGGAGAAUGGUACAGAAGCAAACUUUCUUUUCACCAUAAAUUCAAGAAAUACCUCCUGUGUAAUUUCUGAGAAGGAUACCAAUAAUUGCAGAUAACAUUCAAGGUGAAGGGCUUGAGCUCGUGUUGUGGGAAAUGCUGGCAAGAAGGUGAGGUGUCUCUCAAGGGUGUUUGAGAUGGAUGUUUUGAACCUGUGGAUCUUCCUAACUCUUGGGCAGGGGACACGAGGACAGCAUGUCCGUGGGGAGAUCUCCCCACGCCUCAUCUCUGUGGGACUGAUGAGUUCCUAAUGCUCCCUGAUGUUCCCGUAUAUCUGAACUUAUUUCUUGCUUGCAACCUGUUUCGCUGAUCUUUCUGGAUUUAUCUGCUGGAGGAGGGACUCAUAAUUUAGGAUUUUUUUUUUAGUUUGUUUGUUUAAAAAAUGCCUGUGAGCUCCCAGCGGCCUUUGAGCACGUGGCACCAAGGAAGAGAAACGGUGAUGGUGAGAACUGGAGAAGUUGUCCGGUAAGCAGCGCUGGCGGUGACUGAGCCCCUCUGUCCUCUCUCUCCUGCCUCCCCGUUGCUGGGAACACACGCUCAGAAACCUGACAAGCUUUGCCGACGGCUGGAGCCCGCCGCAGGGUGAGGACACGUUCCUGAGCGGUAUGUGUGGCCCGAGCCCGCUGCUGCAGCUGGUAGCAUGAGUGCUGGCCCCCAGCUGCAGCUGGCUGUCCUCUGGCCUUGGCUGCUCAUGGCGACCCUGCAGGCAGGACUUGGCCAUACAGGGCUGGCGCUGGUGGCGGCGGUCGAGUCGGAGAGGUUGGCGGCGCAGAAAGCCAUCAUUAGGGUGAUCCCCCUGAAAGUGGAGCCGAUCAUACUGGAAGGGGAGUUUGCAAACGUUGCCGAGGUGACUCCAGCCGAAGGAAAACUGCUCCAGUCCCACCCAUUGUCCCUGUGCAACACCAGUGAGGAUGAACACACCGAAUCGGGAUUCAUCACCAUCGUCAAGCUUGAACAGCCGGAUCGGGAUCCCAACCCCUGUCUAUCACUGGCUAACAAGGCAAAGCUGGCGGGGGAGCGUGGAGCCCGUGCGAUCCUUUUUGACAUUACCGAUGAUGAAAGUGCUGCUGAUCAGCUGAGAAAGCCCAGAGGUCUGAGUCAGCCUGUGGUUCUGAUCAGGGGCCAUGAUGCUGAGCUUCUCAUGGGUGUUGUGAACAAGAACAGAGAGGCCCACGUGAAGAUAGAGGUCAAGGAGCCACCAGCUUGGCCAGACUAUGACGUGUGGAUUCUUCUCACAGUGGUCAGCACUGUGGUCGUCAUCAUUUUGAUUUUUGUUGUCCGCACAAAGUGCCAGCUGAACAGGACUCAGGACUCCUUGCAGCAGCAGACCAUGCAGGCCAUUGGGCAGCUGGCCACGCGCAAGUACCAGGCAAGGUGCCGGCAGACGUCGCGAUGGGACUCGGCCAGCAGCUGCAGCUCAGCCCCGGUCUGUGCGAUUUGCCUGGAGGAGUUCAGCGAGGGCCAGGAACUGCGGAUCAUCUCGUGCUCCCAUGAGUUUCACCGGGAGUGUGUUGACCCCUGGCUGCAGCAGCACCACACAUGUCCGCUUUGCAUGUUCAAUAUUCUUGCCAGAGACUCGGUGGACCAGGCCACAGCUGCUGGCUCCAGGCUGGCCCCUCAGGACAUGGAGCCCGGACGGCGACUCCACCUUUUCCGCCAGCACCCAGGACAUGCCCUUUACCACCUCCCACACGCAUAUCCUCAGAGGAACCUCAGGAGCUUUCCCCCGGAGCCAGCCCAUGGCAACCCCUUCUUCCACUCUCCGGAGCUCUCCCAGCUGGAUUUUGGCACCAUCCACUACAUGCCUUACAGGCCAGCCACCUCCCUGCUUGCCUGCGGCCACCCAUCUCCCCUGGCCCCGGGCGUGCUGGGCCAGCAGCACCCCAACCCCUCGACGUGCGGGCAGAUGCUGCCACCCCACAGGACUUGUUCUCUCCAGCCCCAGCCCCCCUGCCUGGGGCUUAAGGCAGCCCUGGUGCACAAGCAGCACCGUGUACCCGUCCUGCGCCGGGGGGUCAGCCAUGGCCACCAGCACAACAGCAGUGGCUCUGGGGAGAGCUAUCUCACGGACCACAGCGGGUAUCUGGCAGAUGGGCCAGGCAGUGACUCCAGCUCGGGGCCCUGCCAUGGUUCCUCCAGUGACUCCAUGUUGAACUGCACGGACGUCAGUCUGCAGGGCAUCCAUGGCAGCUGCUCCACGUUCCGCAGCUCCCUCAGCAGCGACUACGACCCCUUUGUGUACUGCAGCUCGGAGGGACCCGCCACGGACAACGGCCAGGAGCAGCCACAGCCGCUGAGGGAGACGCGGCCCAGGUCCGUGGACCUGAUGGUGCCUGGAGGUGCUGCUCCGGCCAAGGCCCAGGUGCUCAGCCACGUCCACUACCACCACCACCAGCACCAUCACUACAGAAGAGACAUGGAGUGUCCACCUGGGCACGCUGGGCAGGGGCCUGGGCAGCGCAAAUCCCGGUACUCUGGUGCCAAAGUUGGCUUCCACGGUUCUCGGACACAAAAGAGGACCGAGAAAAACCAUCACUGUCAGCAGCCUCUGGAAAGCGGUGCUGUGCUGCAGGAGGCAGCUCCGGCAGGACAGCCAGCCUGUACCCAGCAAGACUGGGAGUCCCCUCAUGCCCCCUCCGCUUCUCCAAACAGGUUGGACUUCAGUGUAGAUGCCAACAGACAACCGGGAGCAGCUGGCACAUCCCCUGUCCCGCUGCCCCCGAGACACAGCUUACAGAGCCGUCAUCACCGAAGGAAAAGAAAGUGUCCCCUGGAGCCCGACCCUGCUCUCCUGCCCGAGGACUCAGCCUUGCCCAAAGCCUGCGAUGCUCACAUUCCUCACGGCCAUCCCGCUGGCUACCACUGCUUGCCCGAAGUCCAGCCUCUGAUCCCAAGCGCUCCCCUGCCCUGUGGCUCGGGCUCUCGGCCGCUCUGGAAGUGUUUAGUGCUGCAGUCCGGCUCAGAGCUGAAAAAGCAGGAGGAGGGGUUGUCAGGACGGGAGGGAAACCACACGGUUCCUGCUGAUUUCUCAGGGACGGGGAACCCCAGACACAGUUUGAGUCUUCACCUUCACUGCCCGUCUCAGCAAGGUAGUCAGGGAUCUGAAGAGGAGGUCCAGGAUGUCCAUGAACACUCAGUUUAAUAAAACACUGGCCUGUUUGCUUACUAGAGAGCUGGAGUGGACAAAGAUGUUCAGCGUACCAGCCGUAGAGGAGCUCACAUCUUGCUCUUUGCACAGGCAAUGCGUAAUAACCAGCCCUGACCUGCAUGGCCCACACCAAGAUGCAGACUGCAAAUAAGCAAUGUGACACUUGUGGUCUCCUCGCAUGGUCUCAGGUUGCAAUGGUCACACAAAUACAGAGCCGUGUUCUCCAGGUCCCAUUCUCCUUUGAAGGCACAGGCAGCCCAUCUUCAUCCUGUGGCAUCUAUCUGCGUGGGCUGGCUUGCUCAGAGAGCAGCCUUGGGAUUCACCAGCUGGAGAGCUCGCAGAGUGAGUGCAAGCUGCUAUUUUGGCAUGUUCAUGCCACAGAAGAUUUUGCUAAAGACUCCAAAAAUAAACAAGCCUUCAAGACCAAAAGCUGCAGAAAUGACUUUCUGUGGCCUGGUAGCUCCUGACUUCAUUUCCUCACUUAGGUCAAAAGCCAGAUUUCUUCAUUCAACUUUUCCACUCUUAUUUCAGACACAGGAACAAGCUAUUCUCCAUCUCACCACUCACAGGUCUGCCCUGCAAGUUGCUUCUUCUGACUUCAUUGGAAACCAACAGCUCUCACCACUUUUGAUCACUUUGUUGUCCCUCAGCUGACGCCACCUCGGCCAUUUGCUGCAAUCUGCCAGCAGCAGGAGAGGUGAAGACACAGGGACAAUGGCAGGGAAGGAGCUGGGUCAGACUCUAUUGCAAAGAAUGCACCCUCUCAUCUGGCAAUGUGAACAAGUCUCUCACUCAUCCUCUAACUCCUCCACCUACCCUCAGAACAAGUGUGAUGGCCAGCCCUGUUAAGAGCAACUCAUUUGUUAGGCAUAUUUAAAACCUGAGAUGCCCCAGUCACAGGAGUCAUGGAAAAUCCUUGAGUUCACAUGGCUCCUGCUUCUCUCCUUCCUCCCUUGUUGCCCCAAGACACAGCAAAAAUUCCCAGCAAAAGCAUCCAUAAUAAAUGCAGAGCAGAGCCCCAUCCAUCACCCAGCCUUAUCUUCGUAUUCCUGAGUCACCUGAAAUGAUCCUGCAAAAGAAUUUUUCAAAAUACCCUUCUGCCUUUUCUAACUUUUUGAUGAUGGAGAGAGAAAACUUGAGAAAUUGCUAGGCUCUUGGUUUAUUACUUUUUCCCCCUUCCCAUUUGUGGGGGUUUCUUUUGAAUGUCACUACUUCUUAUUUCCUACAUCAUAUAAUUUGGGGACAUUCAAGUAAAUAAAACCUGCCAAAUUCAAAACAUACAGAACCCAAACAGUUUUCAUACAGCAGGGAAUUAGACUGUCGAGUUCAUUGCCCUAAAUGAUCUUUCAGGCCAAAGAAUUAGCCAGAUUCCCACAUGAAGUGCAUAUUUAUACAGCACCAAGUGUUUCCAGAGUUAAUGCUAAUGAUGCAUUGGUGAGGACAGUACACUGGAGCUGAAGGUAACUCCUGACAAUUUGAAACCCGGUGUAGGGACAGACUUCCAUCUGCUCAGUAAGCUUUCUGUGUCUUCCUUUGAAGCAGCAGCUUCUUCUCCAGUUCAGGAGAGCGCACUGGUUAUGUAGUCCCAGUUCAGGAUAAUUCUGCCUCUGCCUUCAUUGGUGAGGAAAGCUUUUUAUGGGGUUUGCUGCCCUUAAUCUUUGAAAAAGGCAUCUUUGUCCCAGCUGCUAAUCAGUCACUGACAUUCAAGUGAUGGUUUGAAAAGUCAGCCAAUAGCACUGUUUUAAACAAAACACUAUUCCCUUGCUAGUGUUCGUUUCUUGGCUCCUGUGACCAAGCCACUGCAGGACCUUUCAGUCUAGAGAAGAGCUGAAUUUCUUUCAUGAAAGAACUCAGCAGAACUAUAUUUUAACCUUUCCAGGCUCUUCUUGCUUGUCCUACAGAGCAAGCUCACAAGCAAGACACAAGCUCAGAUGUUUUCUCCCUUGCAGGGAAGUCAGUCUUAAACUAGAGGAAGAAAAUCCAGGAGUGGGUGAAGAUUCCCCCUGUUCAACUUCUUGUGCAUGUGGUCCAUGGCUUGUCUCAACCAGCUCCCUACAUCCUUGACUAUCCUGGAGGGCUCCGAUGACUUUACAGAGGGGAGGGUCAUGAAGUCUGGGUGCGCCCACUGGUUUCUUUAGGAGUCAAGAAGGCUGAGAGCCUCCAGGGAUGCAUUUCACUGCUUCAAAGGAAUGAGCAUCUAGUUUGCAGUCUAAAAGUCCUCUUCUCUUUCCCUCCUUAUCCUUAAAAAAAAAGGAGGGCUCUGAAUCUGUGGCAAGCACCAAGCUUCUUGGAGAAAGUUGUCAGCACUAACGCACCCUUUCCACUCCCUACUGCAGUAUUACCAGGCUGUGCAGGGCAAUGCCUGCUUUAAAGUGGUUUCCCUUCCAGAUGUUAUGCUGCUGCUCCUUUUCAUCUAGAAAAUGGCCAUCCUAGAUGCUGGGCCCCCUCCCUGGGGCUUGGCGAGCUGAAUGAGAGCAUGCAGGUCUGCCUCGGUGGGUUCUCAUGUGGGAGGAGAGGGAGGAACUCUCUGGGAAGGUAGUUUUUAAGAUCCUCUUCAGUAGACGGACUACCAUCCUUGGCUGCCUGGAAGGGAAGAAGCAAUAUCUGAGAAAAUGGGGAAUGGCUCCUCUCAGUUCUGUACCUCUUGCGUCUGGGCGAUGCUUUUGAGUGCUCAGUACCCUUGGGCUCCAUCACCCAAUUUCUUCAGCAUCACUGCAAUGAAGUGGAGCUCAUUUUCCUUCAUUGUGUCCAAAGUCCCAGCUGAAAACCGAUGGAAGCCAGAGCAUCCCAAAAUCCCUCUAUCUGAAACCGAAGCCCCAGCACUUCCCCAGGGACCGGACCUCCCACCCCACCGAGAUGGGUACCGUGGGCCGGGCUGGGUGGACCUCCACCCUUCCUGCACAAAGCCUCCGCUCUCCCUUUUAUAAUGUUCAGAUCCUUUUGAAAUGUGAAUAUAGGUUUGGUUUUUUGUUGUUGGUUUUUGUUUUGUCUUUUUGCUGAGUCUGUCCUGGCUCUUGGGAAUAAAUUAUGACCCCCCAAAAAAGGAAGAAUACGUUUUAUAUAUAUGCAAAACAGUGUAUUUAUGUCCGAUAGAAACAAAGAUGUGUGGAUAUGCUGAUGUGCUCAGAAAUAUAUUUAUUUACUAAUAUAUUUAUCCAUGUACCCGG